UGUAAAGUUCUAUAUAUACUCGUGCAUAUAUAUAUAUAUAAAGAGAGAGAGCGAGCAGCCAUGGGCUGCGCCAGCAGCACUCCGAUGGUUGCAACGGCUGGCAGCGAAAUGCUAAAAGCUGCCACACAUGUGGCAGGCGAUGUCCAAAAGCAAGGCGAAGCGGCAGUUGCAGACGCCACGCAGGCCAUUAGCUCGACCAUGGACACGGCCAAGGAGACAGUCAGCACAGCCGUGGCGGGCAUUACCAGCGAGCUGGGCAGUGCCUUCAAGGAGGGCAGCGAAGCACUGGAGGAGGCCAAGCACAAGGUAAUGGAGGGUUUGCAUCUGGAGUGCAAGGCGGACGCUGAGCAGACGGAGACGAGCUCAUCGAGGGCGCCGACUCCUGCCCUGGAGCCGGAUGGCGACAGCUUGAAGACCUCAACGCCCGAGCCAGAGAUCGAGAGGGCGCUGGCCAAUGAGGAGGAGGCGCCGCCCACGCCCAAGCCCUCGCUCGAAGAGCUCGCCGGGCUGAGCGCCCAGGCGAGCGAGGCGAGUGUCGUCACAGUGGUGGCCGCUACAGUGGUGGCCGAAACGACAGCCCAUGCGGAGACGAAGGCAGCCGUGGAGUACUCUACUUCUGAGCUCUCAAAGCACAUUCAAAGACCUGUCAAAGCCGAUUUCACUCAUGCUCCAUCUAACCAUAAAUCAAUCCCCAACAAGAAAAAAUACCAAAAUGAAUCCUUAUUAACACACACACACACACACACCGAUAACACACUCCCCUGCAAUAGUCAUUGGCAGCGUAAGGGAGAGUCCGAGCAGGAGGAGCAGCGUCGCCCCAACACCACCGAAUGGGAAAAGCUGGCCGAUCUGCUGGCCAAGGGCCACAGGUUUAGGCCCUACGAGAGCUUUGCCCGCAAUCAAAAUCAGUUUUCCGUCUACAAGGACUACACCAGCCUGAGGGAUAAGCCCGGCCAUUACGACGGACACUUUAGCGACGGCACUUCGCUAUCGAGCACCCAGUCAGACCUCUCCAGCGGCCACUUGACCCCAGCCCCACCCAAGGGUCAGCGUGACUAUGCCAAGUUCGUGGGCGCUGAGCAGCCGACGAGCGUGUCGCGUGCCAGUUCCCGGCUCUCGAAUGUGGGCGGGGCUGGCACAGCACCUCGAGCCUUCGACUAUAAUCCACAGCGUGAGCGCAUCAAUCUGGGCACGCGAGGUGCCAGUCGCGUCGAGUCGGCGCGUCGCUCCCUGUGGGCCAGGAGCCAGCCCGACGUGCUGCCCGAGGAGCGCAGCUAUAGUCCGGUGAGGCGCAGCAGCUUGGUCGCCGCACUGCGCCCAGUCGGGGAUGCACCACAGCGGCCAAUGAGCAGAUCCACCUCCAACCUGCAGAUGACGAGAAAGCAGAGGGAGGAGCAAAGGGAGUCCGUGCCGGGCAGCCGACGACACUCCGAGGUGAACGCCGUGAGACCCAAGGAGAAGGAGAGCAGAGCAGCACCACAGAAGCCCGCCAGAUCGAAGGCCACAACCACACAGCCAGCCAAAGAGACCAAACCACUUGCCAAAGCGCCGACUGAGUCCAGGCCUCAGCUAGGUGCGAGCCUCAAGUCCGCACUGGACUCAUCGCGCGACAUCAGCUCGGCGCUGCUGUUGGCCACGCCCUUAGCCGCCACCUCAGUGCUGCACAGCCCUAAAGCAGACAGCGGCAGUAAACCGCCAACGCCCACUGUGGCACGUGCCGGCACUUUUGUGGUGGAGCCGAGGCAAACGGCAGCUGUCACGCAUGCCACGCCCCUGCGACAGGCAACUAGGACAAGUGCUGCCCUUAUCGCAGAUGCCAUUGAAUCCGAGGAAGCGAGCACGUCGAUGACUCAACGGACACACGACUCACCAAAUGCUGCCUCAGCCGUGACCAAAUCUCUUCAGUCCCCGUCCGCGUCGCGUGCCCCGUCGCGCCUCUCCUCCAGCAGCAGCGGCACGGAUGUGGUCAUACAGCCGCUGAGUCAUCUGAACACGCCCAGCGCCGUCUCCCUGUCGCCCGAUGUCGUUGUCACGGAAUACGACGACAGCGACUUGGAGGCGGCCUUGGCACAGCUCGCCGGCAGGCGUGGCUCCACUGCAGCCUCCCUGCACUCCCAGCGCUCCACCGUGCGCGACUCGCGACGCACUUCACCCUGGCUCCGGCGCAAUAUGGACAACUAUUGCAGCCAGGAGCUGAAAACUCACACAAGCUGUGGCGCUCUGGGCGUCUGCUCGUCCGCCCAGGGCCAAGGUGCCGGGCACCUGCUCGAGCGUUGUGAAAUCUGUUGCAAUGAAUUUGUGAUGAAUUAA